GAAGAAGCAACACACAGAUUACACCCACGACUAAGAUGGUAGCGUCAUUACUCAGCCCAACCCUCUCUUCGCAACUGCAACUGCACGGGGCCGGCCGCAGCGUUGCCACACACAAGAAUCUCAUUCCUUGUCAACAAUAUCCCCACCCCAUUGGAAGGGACCUGGCUAGUCAAGCCACAUCGGCAUUGGGAGUAGCUAAUGAUGAGAAAAGUAAAGUAAAGGAGAGAAGCGGAAGAAGAUGGUCUAGCAAGGGGCCUCUUACACAAGAUAGCCUCUCAAGAACUCUCUUCCGCCAUGCUCGUGUGGGCCUUGCCGGCUUUCUUUCGCUUGGAAUUCCCAGAUUUGACGACGGUGACUCCAAACGGAUCCCCAAGCCCACUUAUCUGCAACCAGACAUCUUCCUAGUCCCCCAAUUCUCUCUCUCUCUCUAUGUGUGUGUUGUUCAAUGGCAGCAGAUAACACUAACCAGUACACUCCUAACGACUUCUUCUUCAACCCUGUUCGGAGCAGUCAUCUAGCGCCGUUUAUACAAACAAUUACUAUUCUUGGCGUACAGGAAUGAAAAACCUCCUAGAUGAAGAUGAACCGCCAGGGCCAGGCCGCGGAAUGCUGUUGUUCUCCGCACAUUUCAUGGGUAACUACUCGUACACACUAUGGGCGAUACAUGGAACACGGACCCGAUAUGCCCCGGUUAUUGUACUCCCACAUGAUCGCCGGGGGCAUCGGAGUACUUCGUAGAAUCCCAAGGCAUGGGGCCUGUGUACUUGGUCAGAGCAGCAAAAGUCCAUGGGACGAACACAGGCUAACUCUGGGGUUUUCUCUAUGGCCGACGCUCAAGACAAUACACGAUCAGUGCCAAAGAGGUCUGCGCUUCAGGCACGAGGAGAAGAGAGAAGGGGGGGAAACUAACAUAAUAUUGUAUGUAUGUACGAGUACAUAGACGCAAGGGACCACAAGCAGCCAGCAGAGCUUUUCUAGAGCGUUGCCCCAUGCACACACGCC